GGAAACGACAGAAAGAAACAGCAAAUUGAAAGAAAAGCAUUGCAUUGCACCAGAAUGUCUGUGAAAUGUACUUCAGUGUUUCUGCUCAUACAGCUGAGCUGUUACAUUAACUCUGGGAACUGCGGAAAAGUGCUGGUGUGGCCCACAGAAUUCAGCCAUUGGAUGAAUAUGAGGACAAUCCUGGAUGAGCUUGUCAAGAGAGGUCAUGAGGUGACUGUGCUGGCAUCUUCAGCUUCCAUUCUUUUUGAUCCCAACAGACAAUCUACUCUUAAACUUGAAGUUUAUCCAACAUCUUUAACUAAAACUGAGUUUGAGGAUAUCAUUCUGCAUCUGGUCAACAGAUGGUUAGACCUUCCUAAAGACACAUUUUGGUCAUACUUUUCACAAAUUCAAGAAAUCAUGUGGACAUUUAGCGACACAGUUAUAAAAUUCUGCAAGGAUGUAGUUUCAAAUAAGAAACUUAUGGAAAAACUACAGCAGUCAAAAUUUGAUGUUGUUUUUGCAGAUGCUUUUAUCCCCUGUGGUGAGCUGCUGGCUGAGCUACUCAACAUACCCUUUGUGUACAGUCUCCGCUUCUCUCCUGGUUACACUAUUGAAAAGCAUAGUGGAGGAUUUCCAUUUCCUCCUUCCUAUGCACCUGUUGUUAUGUCAGAAUUAAAUGAUCAAAUGACUUUCAUGGAGAGGGUAAAAAAUAUGAUCUACGUGAUUUAUUUUCAAUUUUGGUUCCAAAUGUUUAAUAUGAAGAAAUGGGACCAGUUUUACAGCGAAGUUCUAGGAAGACCCACUACCUUAUCUGAGACAAUGGGGAAAGCUGACAUAUGGCUUAUUCGAAACUCCUGGAAUUUUCAAUUUCCUCAUCCACUCUUACCAAAUGUUGAUUUUGUUGGAGGACUCCACUGCAAACCUGCCAAACCCCUACCUAAGGAAAUGGAAGACUUUGUCCAGAGCUCUGGUGAAAAUGGUGUUGUGGUGUUUUCUCUGGGGUCAAUGGUCAGUAACAUGACAGAAGAAAGGGCCAACAUAAUUGCAUCAGCCCUUGCCAAGGUCCCACAAAAGGUUCUGUGGAGAUUUGAUGGAAAUAAACCUCAUGCCUUAGGACACAAUACUCGGGUGUACAAGUGGAUACCCCAGAAUGAUCUUCUUGGUCAUCCAAAAACUAGAGCUUUUAUAACUCAUGGUGGAUCCAAUGGCAUCUACGAGGCAAUCUACCAUGGGAUCCCUAUGGUGGGCAUUCCGUUAUUUGCGGAUCAACCUGAUAACAUUGCUCAUAUGAAGGCCAAGGGUGCAGCCAUUAGAUUGGACUUCAACACAAUGUCGAGUACAGACUUGCUGAAUGCACUGAAGACUGUAAUUAAUGAUCCUUUCUAUAAAGAGAACACUAUGAAAUUAUCAAGAAUCCAACAUGAUCAACCAGUGAAGCCCCUGGAUCGAGCAGUCUUCUGGAUUGAGUUUGUCAUGCGCCACAAAGGAGCCAAACACCUUCGGGUCGCAGCCCACGACCUCACCUGGUUCCAGUACCACUCUUUGGAUGUGAUUGGGUUCCUCCUGGCCUGCGUGGCAGCUGUGAUAUUUAUCAUCACAAAAUGUUGUCUCUUUUGUUUCUGGAAAUGUGCUAGAACUCAAAGGAAGGGAAAAAGAGAUUAGUUGUAUUUGAAGCUUGAAGCUGGGAAACCUGAUAGAUGGGACUACUUCAGUUUAUUUCAACAAGAAAGGUCAUGAUGCAAGGUUUCUUUCUUUCUGUGACAGAACAUCAUUUCAAAACACGCUUACCUUGUCAAGUAAAAAUUUGUUUUUCAGAGAUUUAAUACCGGUUUAAUGGAUAUAAAUAUUUUUUGUCAAGAAGGAAAACACUAACAAAAAUAUAAAACUAUAUAAAGCUACAUGAUCUUAUAUAAAAAUUUGGUGAGCUUAUACUGAAAUUUGUUGCUCCUGUUCACAGGUAACAUGAAAAAAUUUUCACUAAGCCUAACAACAUUUCACAUAUUGUACAUAAACACAAGAACGCAAUAAGUUCACUGAGAGUGUCAGUACUGAUUUGCAAAUACUCAGAAUACUCUGGCUUCAUCUGAGCAGGAUUUUGAUAUUUUAACUGUUGCUAAAGGAACUAUUAAGCAAUUGAAUUGUA